AAUACUAGUAGUUUUAGACGUAGUUAUCGAAAAAAAGUAUUGAUUAAAAUUUAAAAUAUUUAAACUAAACGUCGUCAUAUUUAAUUGGUGUACUUAUUAUAUAACAAGACCCGAAAAUAUAUAAGUGUGUUAGCAAUAUAUUAAAUAAUAUAACUUUAUGUGAAAAAAAAAUAUUAUGGAACAUCAAAAGGUAUAUACAGAAAUAGAUAGUAAUAAAUCAUUUUCUCAAAAUAAUACUCUAAAAGAACACUGUCGAACUCGUACGGGAGAAAAUCCACACAAGUGUGAUAUAUGUGAAAAAUCGUUAACUUCUUGCAGUGGUUUGAUAUUUCAUCAGCUAACUCACACAAGAGAAAAGCGAUACCAGUGUGAUGUAUGUGAUAAAUCAUUUGCUCGAAAUUUUGCUCUAAAAACACAUCUUCGAACUCAUACUGGAGAAAAGCCAUACCAAUGUGAUGUGUGUGAUAAAUCAUUUUCUCAAAAAGGUAAUCUAAAAGGACACCUUCGAACUCAUACGGGAGAAAAGCCAUACCUUUGUAACGUUUGUAGCAAAUCGUUUACUCGAAACAGUGGUCUGAUACUUCAUCACCUAACGCUUACGGGAGAGAAACCAUAUCAAUGUAACGUUUGUGGAAAAUCGUUUACUCAAAGAAGUCAUAUGAUACGUCAUCAGCAAACUCACUCAGGAGAAAAGCCAUACCAAUGUGAUGUGUGUGAUAAAUCAUUUUCUCAAAAAAGUAAUCUAAAAAAACACCUUCGAACUCAUACGCUCAUACGGGAGAUAAGCCAUAUCAAUGAAACGUUUGUGGAAAAUCGUUUACUCAAAGUAGUCAUAUGAUACGUCAUCAGCGAACUCACUCAGGAGAAAAGCCAUACCAAUGUGAUGUGUGGGAUAAAUCAUUUGCUGCCAAUAGAUAUUAAAUAGAACACCGUCAAACUCACCCUGGAGCAUGGUGUAAUUAAGGAAUUGUCCUUGAAGGAUAGGUUUUAUCUAAAUAUUUUUUUUUGGAUGGGGCUUAGCCCCCCCCCCCAUACCCAUUACCUAUUUGCACUGUGGUAUACACAAUUUAAGAAUUAUAAUAAAGUUAAAUUCAUACUAA